ACAUAGUCAGUUUGCGGUUGUGGGUAUUACCACAGCACAACAAGUUUAGAAAGGCAGAAAGUAAAAGCUUGAUAUUACAGAGAACUACUUCAAUUAAAGCAGCUAGACAUCUCACCUGUGUAUGCACUCAUGAAUGUGCCUCAUAUCGUAUUGCAGUGUUGGUGUUGUAGGGUGUGUCUGUAAUGUGUGUGCGCGCAGCCAGAGGACUUCCCAGGCAAACGAGCUUCUUCACUCGUUCGCUCAGCGCUGCUAACCGACCUCAUCAACAAACUGCUUUCUGCAAAACUACAUGAUUAUUUACCGGAUUAUACACUGCACCCACUGAUGGACUUUGCUACGAGUUCUUUUUCAGGCAGCACUUUGAAAAUCUCGUUGCAAUCGUACAGGACCACCCAGCUGCCUGAAACCAGAAGUACCAGCCCCAGAAAUCGUUCUCCCUGUGCGUGGGUGUUUCUGCAGCCGUUUAAUUGUGCGUCUGUGUGAAGCUCUACAGGCCCGGAGUUUUCACUCUCAGCGUAACCAUGUAUCAAGUCGUAAGGAAGCUGUUUUUUACGGACUGUCACUGCGCAGGCAGUGUGUCAAAGACAUACGACGAGCUGUUCGCCAAGCUGGAUACCAACAAGGAUGGGAAAGUGGACGUGUCCGAGUUGAAGGCAGGGCUAGCUGCUAUGGGCAUCAAAGCCGAGAAAGGAGCUGCUGAGAAAAUCAUUUCCUCUGGAGACGAAAACCGAGAUGAAGGGCUUGACUUCAGUGAGUUUGCCAAGUACCUCAAGGAUCAUGAGAAGAAACUACUGCUGACCUUCAAGAGCUUGGACAGAAACAAUGAUGGCCGAAUAGACUUCAAGGAAAUUCAACAGUCGCUUGCUGAGCUGGGGCUGGAAGUCUCCAGAGAGGCCGCAGAGAAGAUCCUUCAAAGUAUCGAUGUGGACGACACCAUGACUGUGGACUGGAAUGAGUGGAGGGAGCACUUCCUGUUUAACCCAGCCACCGACCUGCAGGAGAUUAUUCGCUACUGGAAGCACGACUCGGUGCUAGACAUCGGUGACAGUCUCGCCAUUCCGGAUGAGUUCACAGAGGAGGAGAAGAUGACUGGUCUGUGGUGGAAGCAGCUGACAGCGGGGGCCAUGGCAGGGGCUGUGUCCCGUACAGGCACCGCCCCACUGGACAGAAUCAAGGUCUUCAUGCAGGUGCAUUCCUCCAAGAGCAAUGAAAUCAGCCUGGUUGGUGGUUUUAAGCAAAUGAUAAAAGAAGGAGGUGUGACAUCUCUGUGGAGAGGAAAUGGUAUUAAUGUCCUGAAGAUCGCCCCCGAGACAGCCAUUAAAUUCAUGGCCUAUGAGCAGUAUAAGAAGCUGUUGUCUAGUGAACCAGGGAAGGUCAAGACCCAUGAGAGGUUCAUGGCUGGGUCACUGGCUGGAGCCACAGCACAAACCACCAUCUACCCCAUGGAGGUGAUGAAAACCCGUCUGACCCUGAGGAAGACCGGACAGUACUCAGGAAUGUUUGACUGUGCCAAGAAGAUCCUGAAGAACGAGGGAGUGAAGGCGUUUUACAAGGGCUAUGUUCCCAAUAUUCUGGGCAUCAUUCCCUACGCUGGGAUCGAUCUGGCAAUCUACGAGAGCUUGAAGAACAUCUGGUUGUCCAAGUACGCCAAAGACACAGCCAACCCAGGUAUUCUGGUGCUGCUGGGCUGUGGCACCAUAUCCAGUACGUGUGGGCAACUGGCCAGCUACCCUCUGGCUCUGAUCCGCACCAGGAUGCAGGCACAAGCGUCUGUUGAGGGCUCAGAGCAGAUGCCCAUGAGCCGGAUGGUGAAGAAGAUUCUGCGUAAGGAUGGAUUCUUUGGAUUUUACCGCGGCAUCUUGCCUAAUUUCAUGAAAGUCAUACCGGCUGUCAGCAUCAGCUAUGUGGUGUAUGAAUACAUGAGGUCUGGUCUAGGUAUUCAAAAGUAGGCAGCAGAGUCAUCUGUGACUGUGUGUGUCUAUGAUAGUGUAGAAAGAUGUACAGUAAUCCUUUUUUUUUUUCCAAAACACUUUCAUUCGUAGAGAAACUCAUGUUAAAAAUGUGUUUACUUGUUGGUCACCAAAGUCUGGACUCAAACUGCUGCAGGUGGCGCCAUUGUAGAUGUUUUAAAUGAUUGCAGUCUCCAACAACAUUUCCAGCUGCAUGGAGUUUGUCCAAGAUAUUUUUACAAUGCACCCAGUGCUUUGAGGCACUGUCAGAAUCAGGGCAAAGUUUGGGUCAAAUGACUUUACGUUUAAUCAGCCAAAGAGGUGGAUGUUAACAAUUCUGAAAAGAAAGCAUUUGGAGGGUUCAGUUCUCCAUAAUAUCGUGUAAAAUGUCCAUUGUGGGUGCCAUUUUGAAGUGCAAUACUGUAUUUACACUUUGGACAUUUACUAUUAUGUUUGAGAUGAGUAGCUACAGCAUGGGAUUUUGGGAAUGGAGUUCACUCAAGAGUUGUUGGUUCCACAUCAUUAUUGCACCUUUUCAGUGGUGAAUAGGGGAAUAAUGUGCCUUAGAUUAUGAUUUUUUUUCUCUAUGGAUUCCACCCUCACUUUUUUGCCUUUCAAAUAUUUGGUUAAUAUAUACUGGUGUUUACAUUAAUAAAACAUUUGAAUACAAAAAGAUGAAUACUAUAUUCCAAUAUGGUUAAAUAUAUAAGAAUAUUCUCCGUCUUCAAAGUGGCAUAUUAUUUAUGUCCAUUGUGAUCUUAAAAGCUCCGGGAUUUGAUUUUUCUAAACUGAAUACAAACCUUAGGUGUGGUGCUCGUUGAUGAUUGGACUGGAGGCUUUAAAUGCACCACAGAUUAGUCCGGUUUAGAUCUUAUGUAAUACCCUUUUACUCAGUGAUGUCAGUACUCCUGACUUGGGCUGUCUAAUCCUAGGCAUGGAAAAGGAUACCACUACGGUGGCUCUGCUAAUUUGCUGUACUAAAUGAAGGGACUGAAGAAGAUAACUGCAUUUCAGGCUCUUCACUCCGUGCAGAACAACUCAGAACAUCACUAAUUAAGGCAUCAUUUUGGACUCUGGUAACCGAGAAUUUGAAAAAUCUAUAAAAGGCUAUAAACAGAAAUUAUCAUCAUCAUGUUCACACACCCUAAUUACAAUGGGUACACAUGAAAUAUUGACCAUUUUUCUAUUUAGGUUUUACAUAAGUCAGUU